AUAUUCAUUCGCAUAUUCAGCACUGAUAGAAAGUGCACACUGUGACUACUGGUUCAGACAAACAUGGCGCUGCGAGGACUGAAUGCCUGCGCUCGUGUUAUGCUGACCGAUUCUUCCAGAGCAGCAGUGCUUCGAGGAGCCAUACAAUCAGACUGUUUAAAAUGUCGACAUGGAGCUAAACGUUAUCUCUUGUCUGAAGAUGUGGUGAAGCUGCAGGAUUUUCAGCAGAGGAAACUUGCUAUUGCCCACCAAGUGUCAGGAUCAAAAGGUUAUUACUUUGAUACAGUAAAUCAGAAAAUGGAGAAAAAACAGCUAAUUUUAAAGGAUGAAUUGAAACUACUUCUGUAUUUAUGCCAGUCUGCUGAAGAUGUUUUUGUGGCAAGAAAUGCUAUGUACAGGUACCAUGAAGAGAAUCGUAACAUGGCAUUCGGGGAAUUCAAAUUUGGCCCACUUUUCAUGAGGUUAUGCUAUGAGCUGGGUUUAGAGGAGCUGGGAGCCAGAACUCUGACGGAUCCAGCUCUCAAAGGAUUCUUUUCAGACUCCACAUCCUUUAAUAUUGCAAUCGACAUGCUUUUCAUUAAACAGUGUUACAAAAGUGGCCUGGAGGUGGUGGGAGACAUGAAAAAACAAGGAGUGCAGUUCAACAAAGACACCUUCAUGCUAGCCUUUGCUACUUGUUAUAAACUGAACACCCCAAAGUCAUAUCAUAUCUGUUUGACCCUGUUGGAAGACGGUCAGACUAAAGGCAAACUCAUCCCUUGCCAUGCUUAUUGCUUUGCAACUGCUCUUGCUCUCAAACAGAAUGAUAUAGAGAGAGCCCAGGCAUUCUACUCUCAGAUCAUGAGCACGGACAGUCGGCUAUGCCAGAACCUAAGGGUUCUCAUAUUGGCUAUGAAAGGGUCCAUGAAAGAAGCAGUCUCUGCCCUCACAACAGCCCUAGUGUCAAAGACUCCAGUGUUUGUGAAGAAACCAGAGUUCUCUCAGGAAGUGGUUAAUGUAUUGAGGAGCAAGAGUGCUGGUGGACUGUGGGCGGGGAAGGUGGAGCAGGUGGUGAGACCGUUAGAGGAGGCCGGCCAGAUCACCAAGCUGACCAUCGAUGAUUUCUUGUGUCACACUCCCUCUAGGAGGAGGAGGCCUCUGGGAAUAUUGGAGCAGGAAAGAAAGACCAGCCGAAGGACUCGCAGAACUCUGCAGUCCACACUACUGUUAGAGUAAACCCAUAGUGUUCAAGACUCUCAUCUUUAAGAGUAUUAUAUUACAGGAGCAAAGAUAUAUCCUUGACCUGCACACUCUGAAGACACAGCCAAUUCAAGCUCAGGCUUUGGCAUCAUGUACCUCCUCCUGUUUUACGCCAGCGUUUGUUACCGUCAGUUGUUGAAAUCAAGUAAGGAAUUUAAUCACUUUAAUAAAGUGGUAUUCUUCUAAUUUGGGAUCUUGUGCAGUUUGCAUUCCUCUUUGAGGAAAUGUAAGAAAUGUGAAUAGAGCAGCAAUCAGGUAAUGUCUGUGAACUCUCUUAAUUUCCAUGAGUAUUUACUUGUCAACCCUGUUAAUUAGCAACAUACAAUACUUAAAAAUGUAAAAACACACAAAAAAAAAAACUCGCUGUAUGUCUUCUAAAAAAUAAAAAAUAGACGCAAGAUGUUCUUUUGGAAGAUAAAUGGGUGGCUGUUUUGUAUGUGGUAAAAAUGCCAUGCAUGCAUGAGAUGUAUAAAUACAUUUUAUAUUUAAUAAAUACUGUUUUAGUAUUGAUUGAGCAUUUCAACAUGUUGACUCCAGAAUUUUGAGUUGACAUCAAAAUGCUCAUAUGGUGUGACUGCCUGGGACAUGUUUCCCCAGUUGACAUUUGAAUAAAAAACAAAAAUGGACAAAUUAAAGUUAUGUAUUUAAAAUUGUAUAACUAAGUUAAUUAAAUUCUGAAAUCGAACAUAAAAUUUUAUUCGCGCUUUCAU